AAAGCAAUAAUCAGGCGAGAUGUGGUAACGGGGGGAGAGAGUUGGCAGCGGCAAGCGGCCCCAGGCUCAGUAUACCGCCACAAUACACGUUGCUCUUACGGGCAGCAGCGCGCUGCUCAAACCUCGGCCAGAGUCUGCUGGGCUCUAGUCUGUGCUCUACUUCAGUUUGUGCUCGACUCAGCCUGUUCACGACUCCAGCCUGUGCUCGACUCCAGCCUGUGCUCGACUCCAGCCUGUGCUCGACUCCAGCCUGUGCUCGACAAGACUUGGACAAGCCACUUGGAAACUGAGCUUGGUGGAGGGUCCUUGUGAGCCAGCCCUCGGUGAGGAGCAGUGUGGUGACGCCAGGUGAGGACCAGUGUUGGUGACGCCAGGUGAGGAGCAGUGUGGUGACGCCAGGUGAGGACCAGUGUUGGUGACGCCAGGUGAGGACCAGUGUGGUGACGCCAGGUGAGGACCAGUGUUGGUGACGCCAGGUGAGGACCAGUGUGGUGACGCCAGGUGAGGACCAGUGUUGGUGACGCCAGGUGAGGAGCAGUGUGGUGACGCCAGGUGAGGACCAGUGUUGGUGACGCCAGGUGAGGACCAGUGUGGUGACGCCAGGUGAGGACCAGUGUGGUGACGCCAGGUGAGGACCAGUGUGGUGACGCCAGGUGAGGACCAGUGUGGUGACGCCAGGUGAGGACCAGUGUGGUGACGCCAGGUGAUGACCAGUGUGGUGACGCCAGGUGAGGACCAGUGUGGUGACGCCAGGUGAGGUGCAGUGUGGUGACGCCAGGUGAGGACCAGUGUGGUGACGCCAGGUGAGGUGCAGUGUGGUGACGCCAGGUGAGGUGCAGUGUGGUGACGCCAGGUGAGGACCAGUGUGGUGACGCCAGGUGAGGACCAGUGUGGUGACGCCAGGUGAGGCGCAGUGUUGGUGACGCCAGGUGAGGACCAGUGUGGUGACGCCAGGUGAGGACCAGUGUGGUGACCAGUGUGGUGACGCCAGGUGAGGAGCAGUGUGGAGACGCCAGGGACCAGGAGGUGUGAGUGAUGACACUGCCACCACCCACCACACAUCACCCUCAUCAACUUGUUCUAACUACAGAGCGUGUCGUGGACGACGAGGACGACGACUGGUGCUACGUAGACUUUGGCGAUAUUCUCCAGGACCCACCUAAACCACCUCCAGCCUCACACUCCGACUCCAGACCCACCUCGCCAACCCAACACGACGCGUCUGAUGAGGACCUGGUCCUACCUAUAGCCUCACACUCCGACUCCAGACCCACCUCGCCAACCCAACACGACGCGUCUGAUGAGGACCUGGUCCUACCUAUAGCCUCACACUCCGACUCCAGACCCACCUCGCCAACCCAACACGACGCGUCUGAUGAGGACCUGGUCCUACCUAUAGCCUCACACUCCGACUCCAGACCCACCUCGCCAACCCAACACGACGCGUCUGAUGAGGACCUGGUCCUACCUAUAGCCUCACACUCCGACUCCAGACCCACCUCGCCAACCCAACACGACGCGUCUGAUGAGGACCUGGUCCUACCUAUAGCCUCACACUCCGACUCCAGACCCACCUCGCCAACCCAACACGACGCGUCUGAUGAGGACCUGGUCCUACCUAUAGCCUCACACUCCGACUCCAGACCCACCUCGCCAACUCAACACGACGCGUCUGAUGAAGACCUGGUCUUCUGUAAUGAGUACUUUGAAGAUGUGGUUGUGGGUCUCCGGAAGACAACCGACCAGCAGCAAAAGCAAACGCCACUCAUAGAGAUCUUAGUCACUGAGGUGGACUUGUCUGGAGAACAAACUUGCAAACCAGAAUCCAGAUUUCUUAACAGCAUGGAAGGUGUUCCAUGUGACUACAAUUUCGACGUCUACGACGAAAUGGAAGACGAGGACGACUCUCUCUUGCCUAGUGAUUUUCAUGGAUCCAAAUACUGCUUUUUGAACCAUGAUGUUGUGGACUUUUGGGGGAGGAAGAAAGACUUCUUGGGCAGCAGACAGCGCCGCAGACGGUCGCAGACUGUUCCACGCUCCUACGUGUAGACAGCAGAGAGCAGACACAUUUCAACAGGGAAUUCAAUCUACCUCACUACCGAAUAACAUUGGCUUCAGUCUUACCAGCCUGUUGCAGUUUCUGCUCCCACCAGGACACCUGUGUGGUUCCUGCAGAGUUCAUCUUCUGUCCUUAGUAAAGUCAAGGAUCUCUUCUCCCUCCUAGUUGAUCGGCCGACGACUGACCUCUAAAGAUCCUGUUCGCAGAAUGCUAUUCUGCGAAUGUCUCCCAGACCUUCGUCUAUCUUCCACAUUGAUUACUGGUCCUCUUCUCCCAUGUCUUAGAGGUGACGUGGCUGGGAAAGUUGUUUUGCCUCAGGGCUGCUGUGCUGCUGAGACACGUUGACAAGGAUUGCCACCCUCUGCUUCCCACAGUAUCCUCCACCUGGAACGGCCCGCGGGUCGACUCUCAAUCCCCCAACACCGCCUCGUGAGACACACAGGUGUACACCAAUGUCACGGAGCUUCUUGUGACCUGUCACAGUCCAGCUCUCCAAAUCUUCCCCUAGAAACUGACCGGUGACUCCUCUACGCUGCUCCUCGAGUACUGCUAAGCUUAACUUCCCGCCAGGUGACUUAAACUACACCUUCGUGGGACCGACGUGCGACACUUCCUGUCACUUUGUCCUCUAGGUGGCUAGUGACAGCUGGCGGCUUCGCGCCUAGAGCCUAGGACGCUGAGGUCAAACUACGUCACGCCAAGGGGGCGCUCUCUGAUUGGUCAGAUUGAACACACCCCUGCAUCCGUCCAAUCACAUUUCCCCAAAAUGAGGCGACUCCGUAUCAUCGCAUCUGGAGUAUUUUGGCGGGAUUUCGUCGCCUCGUCUGGUCCUCUGCAGUAUAUAUAUUGAAUUAUAUGCCAGGAGUGACUUACUACAUCAUGUAGGAGAAGUUUUGUCGUGAAACUCAGCAAGGUGCAAGAAUGUAGCGCAAUAAAACUAUUGGCAGUUGGAACCGUCGGUAGUUCCGUAGCCUGUGCCCCCACGGAACUGUACGGCAUUCUGAGAACAGUUCUGGGUUCAUAAGUUAGAAUUGCUGUGAUACCAAGUGCAGUCCCGCACCUAAUAGCACACGUGACGGAGGCCGCAGACGACAUCGGGAAAAACAGAUAGAUCAUUUAUCCCCAUAACUCUUGAAUAUGGGGGAUAAAUUAUCUAUACCUGUUCUAAGAAACAUGUAAAAUUCUCUUAUUAUUGCUAAAACAUUUUCUGUAUAUGAAUAUUUUUGCACUUAUUUUCUCGUAUUUGAUGUGACAUAAUACUGUGAAGAGCAUAUUAAUUUCGGUGAAAUUAAGUUUGACAGAAGCUUAGUUACAUUCAGAGGUGAAGAUUGCUAUAAUAUCUGUUGGUUCUAGUUCACAUUACUAUUCUGAGUUGGGCAUUUAAAGUAUUGAUUAAUAUCUGUACUAGAGGUCAUAAUUAAUUUACUUCAUUCACAAGUACCAUCAUACUUGAAGGUGUUUGUGCUCAAAGGUAAGUGAUAUUAAUAAUGUAAGAGCUAGUUUCAAGGACUCCAGGGGCCCCCAACCACUGCCGCUGUUUUUUUUUCAGGGAUAUUCCUGCGUGGGCCCUAAGCCUCUGGCUGGCCCACUGGGCGGGCCCUAAGCCUAUGGCUGGCCCACUAAGUGUUGCUUGUUUCUGUUUUACUUGGGCGGAGUAUGAGUA